AUGGCAUUAGCCGCCCGGCGCACGCUGCGCGGCGCUGGGACGUUCUGCGCGCAGGGGAUGCUGCAGAGUGUGCUGCACCGAUCCUGCCGCCACGUGCUCAGGCGCAGCCUAGCCCAGGCACUGGGAGCCGCCACCACCAUGGCGCCCAGUGUUCAGUUCUCGCCCGCCCCACGCAGCCUGUUCGAUGAGCCGCUGGCUAUCACCGUGCACGGGCUGUGCCCGCAGCAGGAGGUCACUCUCCGUCUGUCUCUGCAGGACGAGGGGGGCGAGCUCUUCCAGUCCUGCGCCCUCUACCAGGCAGAGAGCAGCGGGGAGCUGGAGCUCACCCGCUCCCCAGCGCUGCCGGGAGGCAGCUUCUCCGGCCUGGACCCCAUGGGGCUGCUCUGGUCCCUACAGCCCCAGAAACCCUUCAGACGGCUGGUGAAGCGGGAUGUGCAAAGCCCCUUCUGCCUGGAGCUGGAGGUAUUCGAGGGCCACGGGCCCCUCCCCAGCCGGCUGCUGGCCAGGGGUGCCCACGAGCGGAGCUUCCUGCGGGAAGGGGUGAGGAGGAUCCCGGUGCGAGAGGGGAGGAUCCGGGCCACACUCUUCCUGCCUCCUGAAGAUGGUCCCUUUCCUGGAAUCAUUGACCUAUAUGGUACUGGGGGCGGGCUUCCUGAAUAUCGGGCAAGCCUUCUGGCCAAUCAUGGCUUUGCCACACUGGCUCUGGCUUACUAUGGCUAUGAAGAUCUCCCCAAAGAUAUGAAGGAAUUCCAUCUAGAGUAUUUUGAGGAAGCUGUGAACUAUAUGUUGCAACACUCACAGGUUAAAGGUCCUGGAAUUGGGUUACUUGGAAUCUCCAAAGGUGGUGACCUAUGUAUCUCCAUGGCUUCCUUCUUAAAAGGCAUUACUGCCACUGUCACCAUCAAUGGCUCUGUGGCCAAUGUGGGUGCAGUGCUUCGUUACAAGGAUAUCACCAUUCCACCUCUUGGCGUCAAUCCGAAACGCAUUAAGUUUGAUAAGUCUGGGAUUGCAGAUAUUGUGGAUGUCUUGAAUAACCCACUAGAGGGGCCUGACCGUCAAAGCUUCAUCCCACUGGAGAAAGCUGAGGGGCACUUCCUGUUCAUUGUUGGCAAGGAUGAUCAUAACUGGAAGAGCGAAUUCUUAGCUACUGAAGCCUCCAAUCGUUUGCAGGCUCAUGGAAAGGAAAAGCCUGAGAUAGUUUGUUACCCUGGAGCAGGGCAUUAUAUUGAACCCCCCUUUUCCCCAAUGUGCUCAGCCUCAAUGCACCUGUUGGUUGGCAGUCCUGUGAUCUGGGGAGGUGAGCCCAAAGCUCAUUCUGUGGCACAAGUGGAUGCUUGGCAGCAAAUCCAAGCCUUCUUCCACAAACAUCUCAAUGGUAAACAAGGUGUAACAACCAAGCUGGGAGACACCUGGCUAUAAGGUGCAUUUUACAGAUAAAAUUACUAGUUGUUAAAGUUUACUUGGGUAAAAGAAUCUUUCAGUGAGUAUGAAAGGGAAUUUGAGUGAAUAAAUCUUUAAGCUGAAUUUUUUUGUUCCUCCUCUCCACUGCCCAAGUUGCUGCCGGACCUUAGGGGACCAGAGGGUUUUCUGUUUUCUCAGUCCAUUGGACAUGACCCACUUGUAAGUCACAUCCCACCAGUUGAGGAUUAGUGCACAGUAGAGUUAACUUUCAGCCUACUCUGUGGGGAUUUAGCCAUUAUAUAUGAUUCUCAUUAUAGUCUCCUGGCUUGGAUUAUAAGAAACUGAAUUGAAAUAUUGUCACUGUUGCUUCUGAAUUAAAUUUACUUAAACUGUUUGUUGGUUUGAUAAAUUUCAAAAUCCAGUGCCUUGCAAAUCCAAGCUAAAAUUGACUGUAAAACCAACUAAGUGUUUUAUGGAGAUUUUAUUCAUUAUCAUUAAAAUUAAAUAAAACAUG